AUGUAUACUAAGGAAUAUGAUAAAGUAGAAGCUCAGAAUCUAAAAUUGUAUGAGGAAGUAGCGUUAGGCCUAACUGAAAUAGCAAAGCGAGAUGAACAAAUCAUAGAACUGAGUACCCAGAUUGAUCUACUAAAAAAUUCUCAUGCGACUGAAGAGGAUAGAAUGAAUAACGAUAUUGAAAGGUUGGAAAUGGAACUUAAGGAAAAGUGUGAGUUGGUUGAUGAUCUGAACAAGAAGCAUGAUGCUCUAAAGAUAUGUACAGAUGAACUGAAACUAAAACUGAAAGGUGUGGAAUUGGAUAGCGAGAGGGAAGUGACGUCUGAAGAUGCAGUUUGA